GGGCUACCGGAAAUCACAUAAUAUAAGCAUAGUGUCGACGACACGCGAUGACUGCUUCCUUCGUUGUCACGGUGUGAUCAUUCCCAGUAGCAUUAGCCAUUGGCAUUACUACUAGAUUUUGACAUAAGUAACUUUUAGUGGUUAAGAUCAAGAUCUCGAGCAACAUGCGGGAAUUUUUAGAAGCUCUGAUUAACGUCUCUGAAAAGGCGGCUAACAUCGCGCGGCAGUGCCGCCAGGAGCGAGCUCUCUUUGAGCUGCUAGUGCAGGAGAAGACAGGAAAUCAGAAGAAUAAGAGGUUUCUCCAGGACUUCAAAACACUAGGAGACGUGUUGAUUCAGGAAACUGUCAAGCAUGAUAUUGGAAGAAAGUUUCCAGACAUCGCAGAACGGAUAUUUGGAGAGGAGAGCAAUAAAUUCACCAACACCAAGGGCGAGACUAUUAGAGUAGAUGUUAAGAACACAGAAGAGGAAACGUGUGAACUCUUAGCUAAGGUUCUUGAUGGUAACAUGGAGGCGGCUUGCUUAUUAGCAGUAGCCGUACACAAAGAGGUCAGGAUGAAAGUGGAUCUAAAUAAUGUAACAAUUCAGCUGCCGUUAAAAGAUCUUGGAGUGUGGAUAGAUCCAAUAGAUUCAACUGCAGAGUACAUCAGUGGUGACUGUGGAGUAAAAGCAGUGAAUGGCAUUCACCCAGUUGGGCUGCAGUGUGUCACUGUGCUCAUUGGCGUCUUUGACUGGGCAACUGGUGUGCCAGUUCUAGGUGUAAUCAACCAGCCUUUCCAUAAGUUGUCUGCCGAAGAUGACAGCAUUCAGAACUUUGUGGAAUCAUUUUAUGCUGAGCCUCAAAAGAUGGAACCGUGUGAACGACCCAGGCGACAUAUGGAAUAG